ACGACGACGACCGCAAUUCUACGCUAUUAUGCACCGAUGAUAGGCCAACUCCUGCCUAGACAAUCCCCGUCCGCUUCAGAAACAAUUACUGACCCUUCUCCGUCUUCUUCCGCUGACUCCGCCUCUGCUGUAUCCUCCUCUGAAAAUACUGUAUCUACCACCGACUCUGCUGCUACUACUCAAAUGUCCUCCACCGAUCCAUCCUCCGCUUCCCCAACCGCCACCGCCACCUCCUCCGACUCCCCCACCUCUUCAUCCGCCGACCCCACCACCUCCACCGCCGAACAAACAUCGACUGCGGCCACCACUACCCCUGCACCCACCUCCGACGCAUCUUCUACAGCGGCGGCCUCCUCAUCCACCGAUCCUACCUCCGACGCCUCGUCCACCGAUGCUGUAACAAGCUCUGACUCGCCAACAUCCUCUUCUACUGAUGCGACGGCCUCUGUUUCUCCUUCCGCACAGACAACGUCACAGCAGACGUCGACUACCCCGACCUCGACAGACUCUCCCACAACCACCACCAGUCAGGCGACCACCACCACACCAACCUCCACCACCCCAACCUCUACCGCUCAGACUUCUACUACACCCACCUCCACCACACCCACCUCGACCUCGACUAGUCAGCAGCAGACAACUACUACAAGUGAGCAGACGACGACUACUUCUUCACAAGCGCAGACGACCUCAAGCUCGACUUCUUCAGAUCCGCCGACUACCACAAUUUCCACAACCACUGCCCAACCCACCACGACGACUGAAUCGACUUCGUCUGUAACGCCGACGUCGACACCGUCAUCGACCACUCACACCACCACCUCGCCGACUACCACCCUGCCUAGUGCCCAAACGACCCUACAGAGCACACUCUUCCAGACGACCACAAAUAGUGCGGGGUCGACUGUGACGACCGCUCCAGCUCAAAUCACAUCCACCUUCACCUCCACCAAUAGCGACGGCUCGGCUACCACCGUCACUGAGAUCGUCGCCAAUCCCACCCUCAGCUCCAAUAACGAUGGCACCAGCUCCACCGCCCAAUUCUUCCAUAACAAGGGUGCAGUCGCUGGUGUUUUUCUCAUCGUCGGCCUCGCCGCGGCUUCCAUCUGCCUCUUCCUGUUCUUCUUCAUCCGACGUCGUCGCCGUCGCCGACGCAUCGACCACGACACCGCCGUCUCCGCCACGCUCGCCGCGCACGGCUUCAACCGCGCCCCUCUCGUCGACCCAGACGACGAGGACGACGGGUACGGAAAGACGAUCGGCUCCCAGGCGGCAUCGACUGACCUCGAAAUGGCACAGCAGCCUGGGUUCGGAACAGCUUCGAGGGCGAGUCUCCGUGGCGGGCAGGGAUUACCGAACGAUGAUGAAUUGAGCGCCGGUUCGGGUUCGAGACCUUUCGAUCCGUUCUCUGGUACGGCGUAUGGAGGUGGACCGUCGAGUACCGGCCAUGCGGCCCAGGGUUAUAUGCCCACGCGCACGUCAAGUCCUCCGCCUGAGGGCGCGGCAGCUGCAGCUGCGAUAGGCGCGGCGGGUCUCGCUGCCGGAAACAACGCACAUCAUCAAGCGCAGAGCAGUUAUGGGUCGUCGAACGCUGUGGGAGGGAGGUCGAAUUCAUCUGGGCAUGUUCCGAGGUAUAGUGCGGGAUCUUAUGAGCCGCUGUUGGCGAACUACGGGACGAAUUCAGGGCCGGGGACACCGACGUUUGGGUCGCCGGAGCAGCAGCAGAGGGAGGCGAAUGUGAGUGGAUCGAGUGGGACGACGACGACGCCCCUCGUGCCGCCAAGAAAUCCGAAGAGGAUGAUGGAUGCGGGUCGGACGGGUGCGGCUGCGGGUGGUGCUGCCGGUGAAGGAUAUGAGAGUGGGUAUGAGUCUGACGAUGUGGCGACUGCUGGUGUUGCCGGUGCAGGAGAAGGAGGAGGGAAGCCAGACGCGAGGCUGGACCCGGGGACGUCGUUGGGGAGGUCGAAGACAGUGAGGGACGAUGUGGAUUAUUCGAGGAGGGUGUUGGAGGUGCGGAAUAAUCCUUCUGCCGAGGGAUAGGCUGCCUCGAGAAAAAUCGUAGGUUGUCCUGUCCGUCGGCGAGAAGGAUGGACUUUAUGGCUUCGGCUCGGACAAAAGGCGUGCUUUGCUAGUAUAAACCCCACGUCGGACAUCGCAUAUUUUUCCAAGUGUAUUCGUUGUUUGCUCCCUUUUGCCUUCCUUCUUUCCUUCCCUUCUUGCUCGCUCAUAAACCGGACAUAUCUCGCUCGAGAGUUACGACGACCCGUUCACGAUCUUCUCGCGCCCCUGCUCCCGUGCUUCAUACUACAGCCUAUUCCACGAUACAAUCUUACAACUACAUUACUGUACGUACGCUCGUUCUUUAGUUUGACCUAGUCCUUCACUUUCGAUUCCCCGCUCUCUUGCGACCUUUUGCUUUCGUUACAGACUUACAGCUACGGGCCGCGCAUCACAUCAGGCCUUUCAAUUCACUCCUUCAAUCUUUCAAGUUCACUGCUGGUUCCGGUUCCAAUUUCUAUCUGAUUCUGCUGCUUUCUUUGUGUUUGUUUGUUGUUUCUUUCGAGUCCAUGCAGAAUCCACGCACGCACGCAUCCAUCCAUCCAUCGUCAUUUCCCUCUCUCCUCCCCGCAGGUAUCCAUCCAUCCGAAUCCGUAGACCUAGGAGCAUGUAUGUGUAAGUAGUAUGUGUACACUUACAUACGAGUACAGGCAAUCACGGACAUCUUUCACUUUCUGCAAUCCUUAUAUGCUUCAUACGACACGUCGUCUUCAUCCCUCCGUACACCCUUCCCGCCUCUCCUCCGUACACCCUUCCCGCCCCCCCCCUCCGUACACCCUUCCCGCCCCUCCCCC